GGAGACAGGAGCGACGCUUGCUGGGAUGGAAUUGCUUGUCCUUGGGACUACCCCAUUAGCAGCUCUCCUGAACCCGGAUCAGUUCUGAUACGUAAACUCCACCGUCUGGCUUUCCACAACCGGAAGCGGAUUUUGCCUCCAGUUGGCUUCUGCCACCUUCCAUGACCCUUCAGUUCUCGGGGCCUGACUCUCGGUCUGGGGCAGUGCCAGAGGCGCGCAUCGGAAUGUGAUUGUAGCAGAGAAGAGUUGAGGGCGAUGAGAGCGGGUACUGCGAACUGCCGGGCGAUGCCGCCGCUGCCGCCUUGAUACCGAGAGCAACAGUUCCCCAGCAACACCCCUCCCCGACGCAGGCACACACCCCUCAAGAGGCACGCACACCCACCCCACAGCGCCCGGCUCGGCAGCGACCUCUCUGUUGGCCCAGGAAACUCACCCUGCCCCACCACGCAGAGCCAGCAAGGAAAGAGAGCCUCAUGCCUAAGCCGCGGGGAGCACCAUGGAUCUGACGAAGAUGGGCAUGAUCCAGCUGCAGAACCCCAGCCACCCCACGGGGCUCCUGUGCAAGGCCAACCAGAUGCGGCUGGCCGGGACCCUGUGUGAUGUGGUCAUCAUGGUGGACAGCCAGGAGUUCCACGCCCACCGGACUGUACUGGCCUGCACCAGCAAGAUGUUUGAAAUCCUCUUCCACCGCAACAGCCAGCACUAUACUCUGGACUUCCUGUCGCCAAAGACCUUCCAGCAGAUUUUGGAGUAUGCGUACACGGCCACGCUGCAAGCCAAGGCAGAGGACCUGGAUGACCUGCUAUAUGCAGCCGAGAUCUUGGAGAUCGAGUACCUGGAGGAGCAGUGCCUGAAGAUCCUGGAGACCAUCCAGGCCUCAGAUGACAAUGACACGGAGGCCACCAUGGCGGACGGCGGGGCCGAGGAGGAAGAGGACCGCAAGGCUCGGUACCUUAAGAACAUCUUCAUCUCGAAGCAUUCCAGCGAGGAGAGUGGGUAUGCCAGUGUGGCUGCACAGAGCCUCCCUGGGCCCAUGGUGGACCAGAGCCCUUCAGUCUCCACUUCAUUUGGUCUUUCAGCCAUGAGUCCUACCAAGGCUGCAGUGGACAGCUUGAUGACCAUAGGACAGUCUCUCCUGCAGGGAACUCUUCAGCCACCUGCAGGGCCUGAGGAGCCAACACUGGCUGGGGGUGGGAGGCACCCUGGGGUGGCUGAGGUGAAGACAGAGAUGAUGCAGGUGGAUGAGGUACCUGGCCAGGAUAGCCCUGGGGCAGCCGAGUCCACUAUCUCAGGUGGGAUGGGGGACAAGAUGGAGGAAAGGGGCAAAGAGGGGCCCGGGACCCCGACUCGCAGCAGCGUCAUCACCAGUGCUAGGGAGCUGCACUAUGGGCGUGAGGAGAGCGCUGAGCAGCUGCCACCUCCAGCAGAGGCUGGCCAAGGUCCCCCGGGCCGACCAGAGCACCCCGCGCCCUCAGCUGAGAAACAUCUGGGUGUCUACUCUGUGUUGCCCAACCACAAGGCUGACGCCGUGUUGAGCAUGCCGUCUUCAGUGACCUCUGGCCUCCACGUGCAGCCUGCCCUGGCCGUCUCCAUGGACUUCAGCACCUAUGGGGGUCUGCUGCCCCAGGGUUUCAUCCAGAGGGAGCUGUUCAACAAGCUGGGUGAGCUGGCUGUGGGCAUGAAGUCAGAGAGCCGGACCAUCGGGGAGCAGUGCAGUGUGUGUGGGGUGGAGCUGCCUGACAACGAGGCUGUGGAGCAGCACAGGAAGCUGCACAGUGGGAUGAAGACGUACGGGUGUGAGCUCUGCGGAAAGCGGUUCCUGGAUAGUUUGCGUCUGAGAAUGCACUUACUGGCUCAUUCAGCCGGUGCCAAAGCCUUUGUCUGUGAUCAGUGCGGUGCCCAGUUUUCGAAGGAGGACGCCCUGGAGACACACAGGCAGACCCAUACCGGCACAGACAUGGCGGUCUUCUGUCUGCUGUGCGGGAAGCGGUUCCAGGCGCAGAGCGCGCUCCAGCAGCACAUGGAGGUCCACGCAGGCGUGCGCAGCUACAUCUGCAGCGAGUGCAACCGCACCUUCCCCAGCCACACCGCCCUCAAACGCCACCUGCGCUCACACACAGGCGACCACCCGUACGAGUGUGAGUUCUGUGGCAGCUGCUUCCGGGAUGAGAGCACACUCAAGAGCCACAAACGUAUCCACACGGGCGAGAAACCCUACGAGUGCAAUGGCUGUGGCAAGAAGUUCAGCCUCAAGCACCAGCUGGAGACGCACUAUAGGGUGCACACAGGUGAGAAGCCCUUUGAGUGUAAGCUCUGCCACCAGCGCUCCCGGGACUACUCGGCCAUGAUCAAGCACCUGAGGACGCACAACGGCGCCUCGCCCUACCAGUGCACCAUCUGCACGGAGUACUGCCCCAGCCUGUCCUCCAUGCAGAAGCACAUGAAGAGCCACAAGCCCGAGGAGAUCCCGCCCGACUGGAGGAUAGAGAAGACUUACCUGUACCUGUGCUACGUGUGAGGCGAGGCCCACGGCAGUGGCGGAGGAGCGGGGAGCAAGGAAAGAAGAGUUAGGGAGGGUGAAGUCAAGGAAGGACUGUGCAAGGAAAAAAAAAAGGAAAAAAGAAAGAAAAAAAAGAGGAGAAAAAGGAAACCUGAUAGCUGUCUGGCCUUGGAUUCUCUCUGGGGCUCCAGGUGACCUGGCUGCCUGACCACUGCCCCUUCCCCGGGGGCCUCCAUCCCUCCUCUCCUGCCUGGAGGUUGGCCUGGUUUUCUUGGGUGCGGCUGGAGGUGGUUUUGUUCAGCUCAGAUCUUGGCAUAUUUUUCUCUUCCCUCUACCCAGACCCUCAUUUUGUGUCCAGAAAUGGAGGCAAGAGAGGGGAUGAGGGGUCCUCUGGUCAGAGCCAAACCAUCUCUGCCUGCUGUCCUCUCACUGACUCCUCGCAAGAUGGGGGCUGGGCAGGGAGGGAAAAGAGGGCCCACAGAUGGUGUGGCUGGGCUGGGUCACUGGUUGACGCUCAAAAUGGCAGCUCUAGUUUGCUGGGGGCAGAGUGGAGUGGGGAGGGGCCCUCCUUCCCUUCUAUCGCUCAGUUCUGUUGCUUUCCUCCGCUCUGCCACAUCUGGAUGGCCCCUCAUGGUCUUCAGGAGCCUCGUGGCUCUCACCCCCUCCCCCACCCCCUUGCCCCCUGCCUCCUCUUGACUCCUGCCCUCCAAGUCCAGGGAAGGCCCAGCCCCUUGUGGAUGGGUGGCCUCUCCUGCCUCCUCCAGCUCCCUAGUGGGGAAGCUGACUCCAGAGCCCCCACUCCCAUCCUUAGCUUGCUGAGAACCCGAAACAAAAUAAAUACGGAGUACCCCACCCUGGUCAAGCCCUGUCAUGAGCAAGACCCUGCUGGGCUGCUUUUGCUUCCGAAUGGAAAAACAUAACAACUAAAUACACACAAUCCCACCAAACAAACACACACAGCCCCUGGCACCCCCUGUUGCAGCCCCUGGGAGCAGGGAUCCAUGAAAGGGCUCAUUGUCCAAGGGAAGCAUGUGGAUGUCCUUCUCCAGAUGUGUCUGACACCUGGACGAGGCGACACCCUGCCCCGGGGUCGGGGUAGCUGCCAGAGGAGGGAAUUGUGGAGUCGUCCUGGGGACCCUUUGAACAUAGGGGCCCGGGGGACCCCAGACCUGGUGAGCUCAGCGGGAAAAGCCAGGUGCGGAGCGGGACAGAAUUGCUGGCUUGCAGGGCCCCAGUCCACAGGGAAGAGGAGGAGGAGUUGAAAGCGAUUGGCCUUGUGUUAUGUUUUGCUUCUUUUCUGUGCCCCCUGUUCCCCUGUUAGCACAUUGUACUUGAAUUACCUCAGUUUUUUGUGACCUCAUGAGCUUUUUUAACCCCUGUAUCUCUUUUUUGGUUGGGGGUUGGAGGAUUGGGGAGGGUGUUCUUUUCUGUUUCUUGUGUAAAUUAAUAGUCGGUUUAAUAGACUUCAGCUGGCCGAGGCCCUCCCAUCCCCUCUCACAGCCUUCCAGCUGGAAGGAGCUGUCCAGAAGGAUCUGAACUUGAGAGCAGGGGGUCAGCAGAAGGGGGGCGGAGGGGUGGUAUAUUGGGGGGCGCUCUGGGGUCACUGUCGGCUCUGCCCUGGGUGUGAAUCAUCCUCGCCCAGCGUCGGUGCAGCCUAAAACGCUCUGGAGAAGAUCCCACCUUUCUUCCCAUUUGCUGGGUCAUUCGGGUCUGGGGGCCUGUAUCAUUCAGAUCCUUGCAACUGUGUGGUCCCACCUCCGUGUGCAUCAUCAUUGCCAAAAUUGGUCUGUUUUCAGGGCUGGUGUGGGGAUGAGCCAGCCUUUGUUGUGUUGCGUUGGGGUGGGGUGUUGUUUUUCCGAAAGCUACCUCUUAUGUUCGUCCAGUCGUUCUUCUGUUCCCUUCGCGCCUCCCGUUCUGCCGCGCUGCUCCCCCGUCCUCCCCAGCCGCCCCGCCCUGGAUUUUGGAAAGCACAUUUGCAAUAUUUGUGUUCACUUUGGGAUGGGCCCUCCUGUUUCAUCUCGUGCUUUAUUUGUUAAGAGUUGUGUUUUUUUCCUCUUUCCUUUCUCUCUCUCUGAGAAAGUUGCGGCUGCGUUUGUAUCUUAGGUUUUAAAAAGUGGUUUAGGGAAGCGGUUUUGGGGAGAAGGGUUGGGAGGAAUAUAGGGAAGUCAGAGGGAUGGGUGCUGCUGUGACCACCCCCCUGUCCCUCGGCCCCAUCCCUCCGGCCCUGCCAUCUCGCCCACCAAAUCUGAAGGCCUUAAAAAUUGUGUGUUGCGGGAAUAUGAGCUGGGGGAACUGUGUCACUAGAGUGUUGAUGGGGGAUAUAAAGUAGGCAGGAUGCUAUUUUGCAACUGUAAUAAUGACUUAGUGCUUUGGAAAGGAAAAAAAAAAAUGUUAAACUUGAAUAUGUGACUAGAGCAGUUGUCGUGUUUAUAAUGUGAAAAGAGUGAAGUCAUUGGGGGAGGAGCGGUCUGUAAGAAAUCAUUCUGCACUGUUCCUUCUUCCCCCGGUCUGGGAAGAAGGGGAGACUGGCUGGCCCUCAGGGGAUCUGUAAAUCCCAGAAAACAGUAUUGUAACAGUGAGAUGUCAUUCAACUUUGGUGGGAAGGAAAAGAAGAAUCCAGCUAUCCCAUAGGCCUAGCUAACCACCUCUUGCUCUCCCCCACCCUCCCCACGCAGCCUGGGUCUCCUCUCCUAGUCAUCCAAGCUGAGAGGGUUGAGCUAAUAUUUACAAAUUGUAAUAUUUUUGUAAUGUUUGUUAGUUCCUUCGUCAGUUCUGCAGAAACUUGCCCUUUCCUUUUGUAAUGUGAAUAGGAAAAAAAAAAAAAAGACAAAAAAAAAAACAACCCACCAACACCGACAACAAGAAACUAUCCCUUUGUACUAUGUGUGUGCGUGCGCGCGUGUGCUUUUCGUGUGUGGUUGUGUGUUAAAUCAUGCAGUAUUGUUGUGAUCUGGUGUUGCAGCACUGGAUGGUACUCAAUCAGCACCUGCCCGCCCCCACCAUCCCUAGGAGGGAGGGGUGCUCCCACGGAGGCAGGGAGAGCGGGUCAGGGCGCGCGCUCUGAAGGAUACUGAUGGGGAGACGUCUGUACUCUUUGCUCUCCCCUGCUCCCCCAGGAAGCCCCAGACACCCUCAACAGAGUCCAACAUGCCUCUUUCCCAGCUUCCGACUCACAAAGACAAAAAAAUUCUGACCUUGCCACAGCCUAACGGCCAAGGUGACGGUCAGAAGUUAUCUAGAGGCUUUUAGAUGUGUCUGGAUAAAGGGGGCUGGGGAGACUAGGCGGGGGGAGGUUUCUGUCUCCCCAGGUGAGAUCUGAAUGUUUUCACUUGCCUCUUCUUUCUGCCAUCUGGCCCCUUGGCCAGCCCGCUGCCUUUAGCUGUGGUACUGCUGACAAGCUUACUUGCUACUGCCUUAUCCAGCAGAGUGGAACUUCUCCAGCCUGGAACGUCCAAGUUGGUUAAUAGUCCUUUCCUGUGUUCCCCUCCUACAGGUGUGUCCCUUAUGCUUUUGGUGACAUUUCCCCCCUCACUCAUGUGCUCUUUCCCUGUUCACUCCUUCACUCAUUCAAAGCAUUAAAAUCCUAUGUGUAUAUAGGAUAGACAAAUAUAUAUAGAGAGAGAUAUAUAUAGCAAGAGAGAGAUAUAAAAUAGUAAAUAUCAUUGCUGCUUUGGGCUGCUUUGGAGGAGGCCAUGGAUACGGGGAAGGUAGAUCUGGGGGGCAGGGGUGGGUAGGGAGGCUGGGGGACCCAGUGAUUCAGUACAAUCCAGGGAUGCAACGCGGGCUUGUUUAAUCUUUGUGCCUGAACAGUUUUUCCAUGUUUAGAAAAAAGAAAAAAAAACUGCUGCAAUUUUUCACAAGUGUAUGGUACCCUUCUGGAUGCUGUUGGUACAACCGGCUGCAGGGGCAUCAAGGCCCCAGAGGGAGAGGGCCAUUGGCUUACAGCAGUGGGGGCAGCCUUUGGACUCGGUCCAUGAGGGGGAGUGGGGGGUGGGGAGAUUUGUGGCCAGUUCCUUGCAAGCCCAACAAGAGUGAAAGCUGGGGGUACUGGACAUAAGAUAGAAAAGGAGAAAAAGAUCAAACUCUGUUUGUUCAUUUUUCCUAGGCCUCUGUUAUAUCUUUUUUUUCCCCCUCCCAUCUUGUCUCCUCCUUCCUGGAGCUUCAUGGUGGCACUUACCUGGAUAUUUCAGUUGGAGGAAAAAAGCCAGACUAACCCAACACGGUGGGACUGAUGGCUGGAGGAAAAAGGCAGAGCUGACCAGGAUAGGGGUGCAAGACAGCCCAGGGAAGUUGGGUCAGGGGAGAAGGGUGCUGGCCCGCAGGCCUGUUAGCCAGCAGCCCUGCCUCCCUGAGUCCUUGGCGUCCCGCUUCGCAGACAGGGUACCAGCCUCCUGCUGUGUCAUAGAAUUUGUUCACAUAGUGUUAUGCAUGAUCUUUGUAAGGUUAAGAAGCCGUGGUGGUGCACCAUGACAUCCGACCCAUAUAUAUAAAGAUAAAUAUAUAUAUAUAUGUAUGUAAAUUAUAGCACUGAGGGCUGUGGCGCCCUGCUGGACCAAGCAAAACUAAGCCUUUUGGUUUGGGUAUUAUGUUUUGUUUUGUUAUUUGUUUGUUUUUGUGGCUUGUCUUCUGUCGUGACAGCACAAGUGCCAGUCCGAUUGUUCUGUAUUACAGAAUGGUGUUUUUAAUUAAUUGAUGUUCUAGUUCAUGUCUACCUCAGCACCUCCUCUUAGCCUAAUUUUAAGGAGGUUGCCCGAUUUUGUUUCUUCAAUUUUACCGGUUACUUUUUUGUACAAAUCAAUCUCUCUUUCCUUCUCCCUCCCACCCUCCGUCUCUCUUCCCCGCCCUCCCUCUCCUUUCUGGUUGUCCCAUUCUCUCACUCUCUCUCUCCCUCCCUCCCCCGCUCCCUCCCUGACCCCCCCACCCCACGCUGUGCUCUCUGGUCCUGUGUGUUCUAGGCCCCAAGCAGUUCACUCGAGGUUGUGCGUCCUGAUUGCAGCUUCCCGCAUCGGCCUCUGUUUCGUGUAGAUUGAUGCGUUUCUUUGUAAUUUCAGUGUUUCUGACAAGAUUUAAAAAGAAAAAAAAAAAGAAAAAAUGAAUUUACUGCUGCAGGUUUUUUUUCUCUCUCCAUGUGUCACUAAGUGAAGUUUGUGCCUUCUAUAGCAAAGAGAAUAUUUUUUACAUCCUACUAACAGUAGAUUUUUUUGUAGUGAACAUUUUUUGUAUUUUUAUUUAUAAGUCUCAUAAGAAAAAUAGCAAUGUUCAGUUGUAUACCUUGAAUCUGCAGUUAGAAGAGAAUAAAGUCAAUUCAGUUGUCUCUGG